AUGGUGUCAUAUCAAACUAACAGUGAUUCUCCUAACUCAAUUGCAGUUGGUGAUUUCAACAACGACAAUCGACUGGAUCUUGGUGUCACCUUCUACGGAGUUAACAAUAUAGCUGUGCUUUUUGGAUAUGGCGAUGGAACCUUUUCGAAGCAGACAACGUUUCUAACCGCUAAUAAUUCACAAUCGAUUAUCUUCGGUGAUUUCAACAAGGAUAAUCGUCUGGAUAUUGUUGCCAUUAAUUAUGGUAGUAACAAUGUGGGUAUCGUUCUGGGCAAUGGCAAUGAAACUUUUGCACAUCAAACAACGUUGCAAACUGGCACUCAUCCGUAUUCGAUCCCCAUCGGUGAUUUCGACGAUGAUAAUCAACUAGGUAUCGCUGUUUCGAAUUUCGGCGAUAGUUGUGUGAGUAUCUUGCUAGGGUAUAUAUAUAUAGGGACGAAAACUUUGUUGAUCAAAUGA